AUGAUUCCAAUCGCCCGACACUCCGUCCUGCGGGCCGCCCGCUCCCAGAUCUAUCCCACUCGUUCGCUGAGCCAGACCUCGGCGCUCGCCCGCCUUCUUUCCACUCUCGCCGUUCUCGAGCAGCGCGAUGGCAAGCUGCAGAGCUCGUCUCUCUCCGCAAUUGCUGCGGCGCAGAAGUUUGGCGGCCCAGUGACAGCUUUCCUGGCUGGCUCUGGUGUCAAGGGAACCUCCGCCGCCGAGGCGGCCAAGAUUAAGGGCCUUGACAAGGUUGUCGCUGUUGAGAAUGACGCUUAUGAGAAGGGUCUUCCCGAGAACUUCGCUCCUCUUCUGGUCGAGAACAUCAAGAAGGGUGAAUACACCCACAUCAUUGCCGGACACUCGGCCUUCGGCAAGAAUGUGCUACCCCGCGUAGCUGCUCUUUUGGACGUCCAGCAAAUCUCAGACAUCACCGGAAUCGAGAGCGAGGACACAUUUGUUCGACCCAUCUACGCCGGUAACGCCAUUCUGACCGUGCAGUCCAGCGACAGCACCAAGGUGAUCACCGUGCGAGGAACCGCUUUCCAGGACAUUGAGACCGAGGGUGGCUCCGCCGAGAUUGUGGAUGGCGUUGACUCCAACGCCCCCGCAACAGUCGAGUGGGUGUCCGAGGAGCUGGCCAAGUCCGAGCGCCCCGACCUUGCUACCGCAACCCGCGUCGUGUCCGGUGGUCGUGGUCUGAAGUCCAAGGAGGAGUUUGAUCGCAUUAUGCUUCCUCUGGCUGACUCCCUGGGUGCUGCCAUUGGUGCUUCCCGUGCUGCUGUUGACAGCGGCUUCGCCGACAAUAGUCUGCAAGUUGGACAGACUGGUAAGAACGUUGCUCCCCAGCUUUACCUUUGCGCUGGUAUCUCUGGUGCUAUCCAGCACUUGGCUGGUAUGAAGGACAGCAAGGUCAUUGCUGCCAUUAACAAGGAUCCCGAGGCCCCCAUCUUCCAGAUUGCUGACGUUGGUCUGGUGGGUGAUUUGUUUGAGAAGGUGCCUGAGUUGACUGAGAAGGUCAAGAGCGCUUAG